AAGGAUUGCAGACCAGUGUAGCUGCUGACACAAGGGGCACAGGCAUGACAGGUGUCAGUGAUGUGUGUACUCAGUUACUGAAUAAGAGUUGUUGUUGGUUAAACAUCUGGGGGAAUUUGACCAGGACGCUGUAGAACACCCUUUGCUGAGGUUUGGGGAUCUUUUAACGUCCCCUAAAUUACCUGACCAUCAGCUUAGAAAGCUUCGAUCUCCGCAUAACGUUAGCCAAAGCAUGGCAACUCUGGACUGUCUUACCCCACUGUUUUGGUGCUUGAAGGUAGAAGAAUCCACAGUUUUCCUCUAGCAUCAGAGGCUUCUGUAUUUUGAGCCUCUACUUUCUUGUAUGAAAUUAUUUCCAUACCUCUUUUUCUCACUUUUAUUUAACAGUAAUUAAAAAAUGUUCAAAGGAGGAGGGGGCCUUAAGCUAGAAAAGUCCUUUGCGUAGUAGUUUGGGAAAUCAGAUACUUGAUUUAUCAUAAUGUCUAUUACUAUGGCAGUGAACUGCGAAGACAAACUAUAAAGCUGUGGAAUCAACGAAAACUUUUAAAAAGGUCAACAGCAAACUCCAUCUUACAUCAACAUUUUAUUGAACGCCGUCGCCGACAACACUUCCGGGUGAAAUGUCAGAAAAAAGUCCUCCCGGAGGGUGCUGUGUUGAUGGAAUUGUUUUCAUGAGAGUACACUUUUUUUGAAGUUCAGAGCACUUGUUUGGUAUAUUAUUUUCAAGUAUGUGGUUGGGCUGUGCUUUCAAAACCAUGCUUAAAAGUAUAUCAUCCACACCUGAAACGAGCACUUUUUUAAAUAAAUAAGUUGAGCACAUGUAUUGAGAAACCACCCACUAAAGUAAUGUCAAAUCUCAUUUGUAUUCUACAACGCACUGCUUCCAGCAACUGACAUCUAAGGUGACUUGUAACAUGGCUACAGUGACACUUCAUGGAAUGGUGUUGCAGGCAGCAGCAUGUUAUUCAGACAGGAAAGCAGUCUGUUUUGAUUACUGCGACGGUGACACAUCAGUUUCAUAUACCUACAGCACAGUUCUGCGUCUUGCAAAGGAACUGACAACCUGUCUUCAGCAGCACUGCCGUUUGAGUGAUUGUUAUGCAGUUGGUGUAUAUUGUCAUCUUGACAUUAAUCUACCAAGCUGGAUCCUAGGGAUCCUUCAGGUGCCUGCAGCAUAUGCCCCAGUUGAUCCUGGCACUCCACCUAGUCUGUCAGCCUGUUUUAUGAAAAAGUCUCAUCUGAAAUAUAUUCUUGUCCAAAAGGGUUUGCUUGAGAACUUCAGACACUCCUUUUCCCCUUGGCUUCAUUGUGACUCAGUUAGUACAGAGAUUGUUGGAGUUACUCUGCUUUUUAUUCAGUGGAAAACAGAGGCUGGGCAGUAUACCCUGAGAAGUCCAAAGAGAGCCAAAGCAAAACUAAAUGCUACAAGUGAGUUUUCUGAACAAAAACCAAAAGCCAGUAAUCACACAAAAUGUAUGGACUGGAAGCAACCUGGAUGUUUGGCUUACAUUUUACACACUUCGGGCACAACUGGAAUGCCAAAAAUUGUUAGGGUACCUCACACAUGCAUUGUUCCUAAUAUUCAGCAUUUAAGGUCCUUGUUUGAGAUGACACCAGAAGAUGUUGUUUUUAUGGCUUCUUCACUAACAUUUGACCCAUCUGUUGUUGAGCUGUUUGUUGCACUGGGGAGUGGUGCUUCACUACUUAUUUUGCCUGCUGCUAUUAAAAUGAUACCCAGCAAGUUAGCUGAUAUACUUCUCAAUCACCACAGAGUUACUGUGUUACAGGCAACACCAACACUUCUUAGGCGUUUUGGAACUGACCUAAUGAAGACAACUGUGUUGUCUGCUGAUACUUCAUUGCGUAUAUUGGCCAUUGGUGGUGAAACAUUUCCAACAAUGACCGCUCUGAAAAGUUGGAGAGAAGAGAGAAACAGAACACAGAUUUUUAAUCUUUAUGGAGUUACAGAAGUAUCAUGUUGGGCUACUUAUAACAAGAUUCCUACAGAAGGCUUUGAACAGAGUCUUGAUAUUCCCAUACCUUUGGGGUAUCCACUGCUGGAAACACUGGUUGAAGUUCAGGACAGUGACGGAUGCGUAGUUAAGGAAGGAGUUGGACAGAUAUAUCUAGGGGGUAACCAUCGAGUAUGUUUUCUUGAUGAUGAGGUGUCUGUACCAUUGGGCACAAUGCGAGAAACAGGAGAUUGGGCAGAAGUAAAGAGUGGGCAGAUGUAUUUUAUAGGACGCACAGACAGCCAGAUCAAGCGUCAUGGCAAACGGCUAAACCUUGGAAGUGUGCAGCAGGCUGCCGAGAGUUUAAGCUAUGUAGAAGCCUGUGCUGUAUUCUGCUAUGAACAGAGCAAACUGAUUCUCUUUGUGGUGAUGAGGACAUUCAUUGGUACUAAUGUAGAGAGAGAAAUUCUUCAGCAACUCUCUCAACUUCUUCCAAGCCAUGAAAUCCCAGAUGAUGUUGUGCUGGUUGAAGCCUUACCUUGUACUUCUCAUGGUAAAGUUGACAUAUCUGAAUUGACCCGAAUUUAUCAAAAGUCUGCUGAUAAGAAGUCUACAAGUGUGCCACUAGAGAAGCAGAAACUUUGGACAGCAUUGCAGAAUACCUGGCAAGUUAUUCUUAAUUUACCAGUUGAUGCAUCUAGUGUCCCUGAAGAUUCACAGUUUCUGUACAGUGGAGGUGACUCUUUAAAGUCUCUAAGACUUGUGAAGGAAAUGGAGAAUUUGGUAGGAAAAUCCAUAUCAGGGCUUUUGGAAGUAAUCCUUACUAAAUCAUUCUCAGAGGUUUACAAUCACAUAUCUGAAUUCUUGUUUCCCAACAAAAAUGACUCAAUAAUUAACAGUUUGAAACGAAAGCCACCCAGCAGUCAUCAAGAUCACUUUCAUUUAGGAAUACAGAAGCGCUCUAAAGCCGAAAGUGUACCAGCUGUUGAAGAACAUGUUGAUUUAAUUGUUAUAAACAGAGGUUGUCAGGAGAGGAAAAUAUGUACUUGCUUGUCCUGCAAAGAUGGGUUCAAGAAAUCUGAAUUAGUGCAGGAAGGGUUACAAGGACAGAAUCUGAGUACUGCAUUACUUGUUGAUUAUAACACACACAGAAACAAUAAAACUGAAAUUUCUGAUUGUAUGAACAGUGACAGACAAGUAAGGAAUGUUUCAUCAAUGACCAAGACUUCAGAAACCCUCAAAAUAACUUGCGCAUUUUCUGAUGUUACAGACAAACAGCUGAACAGUACUAAACCUGCAGUGCCUCCAAAAGAACUUACUGCUGCUAAGAACCUGUCAUUACAAGUGAAGUGGCAAACACACUCGAGCAAGUGUGUAGAUGCAUCGCCUUUGCUCGUGAUGAUGGUUGGUGCGCAGACCACUGGGACAGUAUACAUUGGGUCUCACUCAAAACAACUGCAGGCUGUAGAUCUGUUUUCAGGGUUAGUUAAGUGGGAAAGAAUCCUUGGUGACAGGAUUGAAGCUUCAGCAUGUUCGUCUAGAUGUGGGGGCUUCGUCAUUGUUGGCUGUUACGAUGGCAAUGUUUAUAUCCUUCAGAGUCAUAAUGGAGAACUUAACUGGACAUUUUCCACUGGGAAUUCUGUGAAAAGUUCUGCGACUGUGGAUUCUCUAACAGGCUUGGUCUUUGUUGGGUCUCAUGAUCAUCAUCUGUAUGCACUUAACAUACAGGAACAAAAGUGCAGUUGGAAGCAAAACUGUGGAGGAGCUCUCUUCUCAUCUCCAUUUUUAAACUUAUCACCUCGACUCUUGUAUGCUGCAACACUUGGUGGAGUUCUGCUUUCUUUGAAUCCAGAUGAAGGCAGUAUCAUUUGGAAGCAAGAUUGUGGAAAACCUCUGUUUUCCUCUCCGCAGUGCACACAAACAGCUGUCUGUGUUGGUUGUGUGGAUUGUAACAUAUAUUGCUUCAGUCAUGCUGGUGAAAAGCUUUGGCAGUUCGCUACCUGUGGCCCAGUUUUCUCUUCUCCUUGUUUCAAGAAGUUAACUGUUCCAAUGCUUUAUUGUGGCUCACAUGACAACUUUGUGUAUUGCCUGAACAUUGACGGAAAGUUAGUAUGGAAGUUUAAGACUAGUUCAAAAGUCUAUGCAACGCCAUUCGUGUUCACCAUCCCUAACCUGUAUUAUGGGCCUCUGGUAACAGUAGCAUCUACAGACGGCAAUGUAUGGGUCUUAGAUGCAGAGACUGGAGAACUGAAAGCAUCGCAUCUACUCCCUGGAGAAGUAUUUUCCUCACCAGUAUUGUGGGAAAGAAGACUAAUUGUUGGAUGUCGAAAUGACUACGUCUAUUGUCUGGAGCUGUCCCCAGCUACACAAGAAUAAGAUCUGAUAUACUGAAGCUUAUGAAUGCAGUAUUUUAUUGUAGACUGGAACAGAGACAGCUUGUUUUACAAGUGACCUUCUCCAUUCCUCCGGGUCAUUCAAAAUGCUGAAAUGAAUACUGCAGUGGUUUGCCUUGCAUUGCUUACUGGGCAUGCUGAAGGAGCAAAAUGCUGUCAGGGAUGUAAUUGUAGAAAAGUAUAAUUCUGUCUGAUUUCAAAAUGUUCUUAAACUUUUUAUGUGUAUAUGGAUUUUUAAAAGCAAAGUGCAUUUAGUUCUUUUAAGCUAAAAACUAUGCAGUGGUCCAUAACUUAAUGCUAAUAUAGAUGUUUGCCUCCUGUCAGCAUUAUAAUGCUUUGUAUAUUCAAGCACACAUCUGACAGUUAUACUUUACAUCUCAGGGAUAACAGUUUCACAACCACUGAAAUUGUGCUGAAGUUACUUGUAAGAAGUUGUAAAUACUGUUUUUGAUUUCUGCAUUGAUGAAAAUACAACCAGUUUAAUUUAA